AAACGGCCUAUAUAUGGACAUGAUCUCGUAUAUAAAGCAGCAAAUUUAAAUAGAAAAGCAUUACAGUCCGGAUUGAGAUACUUCUGUGCAGGUGUAUUUCGUCUUUGGUACCAAACGGAAACUUAGGGUACAGCCCCAGUGACAGAAAAGGUCUGCGGAUCUUAUUUAUUGCUCACUGUCAAUUCACAAUUAGCACCAAUGAAACCAUUUCAAAGACAAAGAAUAUUCUGUUCUCAGCCAAUGGGGGACAAAUCUGUUAACGCACUUCCUGGAAUUGGUCCUGUGUUGGCUGAACGACUUGAAAAGAUUGGAAUAAGAAGAGCAUAUGAGGUCCUAGGUCGUUUCCUGGUCUUGGGGAUGGAUGAGUGGAAGUUUAAGAGCUGGCUUAGAGACUCAUGUGGAGCAAGUGCAAAGCAUCAAAGUGAUUGUUACAACUGUCUGAGGGAAUGGACAGAUUAUUUUUUGUAAAGUCGACAAAACUGGUUGCCUUUCAUGUUAAUGUUAUUUAUUAUAAAAGCUUCUGCAAAUGUAAGGUUGCGUCUUAUAAAUGUGCCUUUAGCUUUACUGCAUAUGGCUUUAGUAAGGAAACACAUGUUUCUGUUUACGUCACAUAAUAAGAGAAAAUAAUGCAGCACAGUGCAAAAUUAUUUGUAUUCUUAUGUUGUUUAUAUUAUUCAUCAAUAUUAUUAUAUCAUAUAAUAUCAUGUUUAUUAUUUAUUAAUAAUAUAUUAAUAUGAUAUAAAAUAUUAAUAAUGUAAACAGCCUGUAAUUUGUGGGAAGGCUUAGCAGUGGCUUAAAGAAUAAAAAUUAGACAAAUAUUUUACUUCUUUUUCAUAAUAUUGAUUUUUAAUGCUUUUAUCAGCCACAAAGUAAGCAUUCAGUUACCUUCAUUUAGGACUUUUCUCAUUAAA